AUGCCGUUUCUUCUACGCUUGUCACCGAACCGUCACGACCAAGAGAUUGAAGAAGAAACUACACAGUUGCUCAAUGAUUCUCAAACCGACUGUGAAUUGAGGUCGCGGCCCGGGACGGUGAAGGUGCCGGAGGUGGAGAUCCAUCUGCGUAAGAGUGAUAAAGGUCCAAUCGAUGUGUUCAAAUCGAAUCUCGUGCUCGGCUCAUGCGUCUAUGGCCUCAUCAAUCACCAACACGCAGACAGAAUCAUCAAAGCGAUGAGUGGAGCCGGAGAUUUCCGUGACUGGGCUGCAGAUUUCCUCUCCACCGUCAACGACUAA